GACAGCUGGAGCAAGGGGUGAGUAAAACAAAGCGUGUUUGCUGUGACCGACUCCAGCAAGAUAUACACUUGUGGCGGAAGACUAGACUGAAGACAUGCGUGUUGCUGUGAUUGGAGCGGGAGUCAUCGGCCUGUCAACAGCUCAGAGCAUCUAUGAGCAGCAUCAUUCUACCAUCAGUCCGCUGACCAUUGAGGUGUAUGCUGACUGUUUCACUCCACUGACCACUAGUGAUGGAGCUGCUGGCUUUUGGCAGCCAUAUCUCUACGAUGAAGGCAAAGUCCAGGAGACAAAAUGGAAUAAAGAGACAUUUGACUACUUGCUAAGCUGCCUCAGUUCACCAGAGUCUGUACAAAUGGGUAUUUUCCUUCAGUCUGGCUACAAUCUCUGCACUGAACCGGCCCCAGCGCCCUCAUUUAAAGAUACUGUCCUGGGAUUCAGGCAGCUCACAGAACGAGAACUGCAGCUCUUCCCCGGAUACAAUUAUGGGUGGUUCAACACUGCUCUCAUGGUGGAAGGUAAAACAUACUUACCUUGGCUGAUGGAUUGGUUGCAAAAAAGGGGUGUGAAAUUUUAUCACAGGAAAAUAGAGUCCUUCCAGGAGCUGGUAGAAACUGGGGCAGACGUGAUCAUUAACUGCACUGGGAUGAGAUCAGGAGAGCUCCAGCCGGACCCUGACCUCAAACCAGGCCGUGGCCAGAUAAUAAAAGUGGAGGCUCCGUGGCUGAAGCAUUGGAUUCUUACCCACAAUUUUCAAAAAGGGGUCUACAAUUCACCAUACAUCAUUCCAGGAAGUCGCCUCGUGACGGUCGGAGGAAUUUUUCAGUUAGGAAACUGGAGUGAAAACCCUAACUCCACCGACCAUAAACAUAUCUGGGAAAGCGCCUGCAAGCUCGAGCCUAGUCUCAAGCAUGCCAGGAUAGUAGAGGACUGGGCCGGCCUGAGACCGGUCCGCAGCAAAGUCCGACUGGAGAGGGAGGCCAUAAAGUCUGGUGCGACAACAGUAGAGGUGAUACACAACUACGGCCAUGGAGGUUUCGGACUCACUAUUCACCGAGGCUGUGCACAGGAGGCAGCGAAGCUCCUUGGUCAGAUUGUGGAACAAAAAAGCAAAGGUCUAAAAGCUCGAUUGUAAAUUUGUAGUGAUUGGUGCCUUUCUUUUUAGAACUUGGACGUCAGUGCCUUAUAUCACAUACUGCUCAAACUUCUCUUGUUUGUAACUAAAAUUUAGUGCAAACAUGUGCACCUUUUAUUGAUUAAUUGCGUCGCUUCAAAACAAUGCAAUGUUUGUAACUUGAAUGAAACUUUAAGGAGGAGACACUACUCAACUUAAUUAUUAAUGACAACUGGAUCAUUCAAAAGUAGCUAUACUUAAAUUAAAGGUUUGGUUGAAUAAAAUAAUUGUACAAAUCUUUCCCGAUAAUGAUUAUAACUAAUAUAAUCCUAUUGUGUAGUAAUAAAUAAAAACAUGAAUCCAUGGC